AUGACGAAUUAUUGUUUCUUGUCUGCGUUUGCGAAUUGUUCUUUUUUCUCACAAUCUAUCAUUGCUCUUUUCUCUUUUUCUAUGCUCCUCUUCUUUUCAUUUGCUCUAUCUUUCUCAUCUCGCUUCCUUAAGCGUAUGUUCUAUAGGACACUUAUUGUGAGUUUGAUGUGGGUACCUACUGUUACAAAAUUAUUAAGCAAGUGGAGCCGAACUGCCGAAUAUCAUGAGUUCGAUUUUCAUAUCUAUAAUCGAUCUAUUUCAUUAUGUGCUUUUCUAUCUAUCUAUCUAUCUAUCUAUCUAUCUAUCUAUCUAUCUAUCUAUCUAUCUAUCUGCUUCUCUCUUUCUCUCUCUCUCUCUCUAUAUAUAUAUAUAUAUAUAUAUAUAUAUAUUCAUCUCUAUAUGUGCUUUUCUUUCUAUCUACCUAUUUUAAUAUGUGAUACUCAAUAUGUGCUUUUCUAUCUAUCUAUCUAUCUAUCUAUCUAUCUAUCUAUCUAUCUAUCUCAUUACGUGUUUUCUAUCUAUCUAUCUAUCUAUCUAUCUAUCUAUCUAUCUAUCUAUAUAUCUAUCUAUCUAUCUAUCUAUCUAUCUAUCUAUCUAUUUCUCUAUCUAUCUAUUUUUGUUAUCAAUAGAGCAAUCAACUCAGAACGUUUUACAUUGUUACCACAUCUAUCUAUCUAUCUAUCUAUCUAUCUAUCUAUCUAUCUAUCUAUCUAUCUAUCUAUCUAA